CAUCAUGUCCAAGGGUAUCCUCAAGUUUUACCGGAUUCUAGAUGAUUUUAAAGGCAUUUUCCUUCAUUGGUCUAAUGCAUUUGGUAUUUUCCCCAUAGCCAUACCAAUAGUCAUGGUUUAUCGUAUGGAUAUGCCAUUCUAAUAUACUGAAAAGUAGUCCGGAACUAAAGAUUUGGCGAGUGCAUUGAUCAGACAAAAGGAAGUUUUAAUGAAGGAGCAGGUUCAAGUGCUCCUCCUGUGCAGUGAUAUACCAUUUUCACAUCCUCUUUAGGCCAAUGCCACAUCUUCCGGUUCUAGAAUAGAAACAGAUAGCAUUCGCGACCCCAAAACUAGUAGCCGUAUCUCUUCCUGAGCGAGUCCUGAUGCUUUGGCAAGUCAUAUCUAUAGAACUCCGAGAGUAUGAAGUUCAAUUUACAUGUCUGACUGCCCCUUCUUUCCACUAGUCGUAUCUUGUGUUCUUAAGCCAAUGUCAUCCUGCCUUAUAGAUUAUAUCGAAUCAUUCUAUACAAAUACAUUAGAUGCAUUUUAUCUGAUUUGCAUGUUCUCUGAUUGUGAUGGGAAGCCAUUAAGAUUUCUAGUAAUUCUGCUAGCACGAAGCUCACAUACCAACCAAUAUAUAGUUCACAGAGAGCCCGGUUAAUUUUGUCGUGUGCCUCGUUUUCUUUCAUAACGUUGCUGAAAAUGACGGAGACAGUCGCGUUAAAUCUAUCAGAACCGAUCCUUCUUUUCAGUGUGAAGCAUUUUCUAUUUAAACCUUGAGAAUGUUAUGCCUGGGAGUGCUGCCGUUUGAGUAAUGCAACACAUACACAUAAAAUCACAUUCCGUAUUCUUAGGGAAACCUGGGAUACAUAAUUAGCCAAAAAAAAUCUGGUGACCACACACAAAUUGAAUGGAUGAUAUGGAUCCUCUAGAGCUUUCUUGUGUCAACUGUUGAAAAUAAAUUACAUAAUAAGUAGGGUUUACUAAUGAAGUGUGCGGUGCGUCAAGUCUGCCUAAAAUUUCAUGCCCUGUUCCACCUAACAAUAUUCAGAUCACUAAUAUAUUAAAUAGUGAGUGAGUCUUGAAGAAAAAGAAAUUGUUUGAUUAAGGUUUGUCUCUUGUAAACGCAAUGGCAGCCUGACUCCUGCCUAAAGCUAAUUGACUAAAAAACACUACUGGGAAGUGGAGGCGUGCUCCUUCCUGCUCGUGCUCUGCUUCCAGUUCCUAAUUGCUUAGCUGCACCUACCUCCAAAAUCAUUCUUGCAAUGCAUCAUUAAUUAAUUCUUAAUCCUUCGUGUUCUCAUUCUCACUUACUCUCCACAUUUGGCCAACCACAAAGUCCAACGUUAUCUUUUUAUACUAAAAAAUUUUUGCCUUUAAAAACUCCCUUGUGUCUCUACCAAUGACACCGCCCCAUGACGAGCGAUCACCCUUCUUUCCAAAACUUUCCGAGUCACUGUCCUUUCUGCCUAGUUAUCAGCUCCUCCUUUUGGGUUGUCUUUUUGCUCCCCCAAAUCAUAAUAAUUCAGAACACGCACAAACUCAAACAUCCCUUUCAAAUUCCCACUAUAUAUGCAACAUUUUGAGCCGUCCCUUCUCAGAAUUUCUCGCAUCAAGUGCCAGUGACAGGGGAAUUCUGUGACUCUUUUCAUGGAAGAUCAUCAGAAUUCAACGCCGAAUGCUAUUGGCCUCUGUCUCCUCCCAUCUGAGCUUGUGCAAAACAUCUUUCUCUCGCUGGUUUUACCCGAAAUCAUUCGCUUAAAGUUGGUCAGCAAAUCGUUUUCCGACAUCAUCUCCGAUCAGAGCUUUGUCCGUGAGUGUAACUCGCGGUCCAGCUCCACAGCGUGGCUCUUCGUCUACAAGAAACGGUGGCUUCGCGACGCGGUCCUCCACGGUUUCACCGACCGCUCCGACCGAUGGUUCCGGAUCCCGAUCGCAGAGCUCCUGAAGCCUAUCCAUUUCCACUCUGAAGAUCUCUACUUCCUGACGGCCUCCGGGAACGUCUUCCUCUUCGCCUCCAACACCGUGAGGGAAGUUAUUGCGGUUAAUCUAGUCACCAUGACCGUUAAGAGAAUCCCUCCCAGUCCCUUGGGCCCUCGCGGCACCUCCUCCUGGAGAAGAUCAGGCAUGAAGCUGGUGACCGGCCCACCCGGGUCGGCCCAUUUCAGAUUCAUAUUCGCGGAGUUCGUGGAUAACCGCCCGAUCCUCUUCGUGUACAACUCCAUCACCGACACAUGGAAGUCCAUCGAAGCAGAAGAAGGCACAGCAAACAGAGGCAACAAUUCCGCACGUGGAAACCAGGUAAGCCAGGAAGAAGGAGACGAGCGCAUAUUCCUGAACGUAGUCAACGGUCGGAGAGACAGCGUGCUGGUGGCCUGCACAUCGGAGUGCGAGUAUCCAGUGGUGGUCCGGCCAAGAUUCGAGAGAAGAGGCGGCGAGGAAGAGAGAGACAGAGAGAUGAGAGUAGGUUUCAGCUGGGGGAACGUGAUAGACAGGUUACACGUGUACGGUGAUGGGUACAUGAUGAUCGUGGAAUCAGAAGGAGGGGGAAGAGAUGGGAAGAGGAGGAUGUUGAAGGGGAUAGAGAUGUGGGGGGUGAAGGGAAAAACAGGGACUGAGUGGGAAUUCAUAUCAAAAGCACCAAGCGAAGUGAUGAAGAAGAUAGCUAGGGUUUAUGGGGUGAUGAUGGGUUGCCUGGAGCAGAGGAAUGGAGUGAUCAGGGCAUCUCUGGUAACCAAUUGGGAAGGCCUUUGGGACAUCAUGUGGAUCUCAUUCCAUCCAAACACAGAUCACUGGUCAGGGAUUCCACUACCUGACUGUAAAAUGAAAGGUUGUAACUUGGCCGGAAUCAGCUUCUCCUCUGGCCUCACCUUGCCUUACUAAUAGGGAUAUAUAUGAUCCACACUACAAGUUUGUAAUUUUUGAGGAAAGCUUCUUGUGAAUACCAAGGCCUUGUUAUUUGAGAAUGGUGAUGAUGAUGUUAUGUGCAAGAAAUUAGAAGUUUUUUCUUUUCUUUUCUUCUUGGGUGGUUGUAAGAAGGCAUGACGUGUGAGGUUUGAGAGUAAAGGUUAUUGUUGAAUGUCAUUUUUGUGACUUAAAGGAUUGGGGUUUCCACAACGUGAAGAUGUCAGGAAGAUAUUAGGAGGGGCAAGUCAUUGACGGAGGGAUCUGUCCCACCCACUCAGUCAAGAGCCUUCUUCCUUCUUUUCUGCCCCCCCUGGCUCCUUUAUUCCCCACUUGUUUUCUGAUUAUUGGUAAAUUGGUCAAUUGUUGGAGACUUUUUAAUGGGAAAAA